GAGGGAUGCAUGCUAACUUCAAACAUGGCGGCGGAGGGAGGAGGGAAGGAGAUGAACGAAAUUAAAACCCAGUUCACCACCCGGGAAGGCGUCUACAAACUCCUCACUCACUCCGAAUACAGCCGGCCCAACCGGGUGCCCUUCAACUCGCAGGGCUCCAACCCGGUCAAGGUCUCGUUCGUGGACGUCAACGACCAGUCCGGCAACGGCGACAGGAUCUGCUUCAACGUGGGCCGCGAGCUCUACUUCUACAUCUACAAGGGCGUCAGGAAGGCUGCUGACUUGAGCAAGCCUAUUGACAAGCGCAUCUACAAGGGAACGCAGCCCACGUGUCAUGACUUCAACCACCUCACGGCCACCGCCGAGAGCGUGUCUUUGCUGGUGGGUUUCUCAGCGGGACAAGUACAACUCAUUGACCCCAUCAAGAAAGAAACAAGCAAGCUCUUCAAUGAAGAGAGAUUAAUAGACAAGUCCAGAGUAACAUGCGUCAAAUGGGUGCCAGGCUCCGAAAGCCUGUUUCUAGUCUCUCAUGCCAGUGGGAAUAUGUACCUGUACAAUGUGGAGCAUACCUGUGGCACCACAGCACCGCACUACCAGCUGCUCAAACAGGGGGAGAACUAUUCUGUACACACGUGCAAAAGUAAAUCCACACGGAACCCUCUCUUAAAAUGGACAGUAGGGGAGGGAGCUCUAAAUGAGUUUGCCUUUUCUCCAGAUGGGAAGUUCCUGGCCUGUGUAAGUCAAGACGGCUUCCUACGGGUGUUUAACUUUGACGCCGUUGAGCUCCACGGCACUAUGAAGAGUUAUUUUGGUGGCUUGCUGUGCGUGUGCUGGAGCCCCGAUGGGAAGUAUAUAGUUGCGGGCGGAGAGGACGAUCUAGUGACUGUCUGGUCGUUCUUGGACUGCAGAGUUAUCGCCCGAGGCCACGGCCACAAGUCGUGGGUGAGUGUGGUGGCGUUUGACCAUUACACAACCAGUGUAGAGGAGUGCGACCCAAUGGAGUUCAGCGGCAGCGACGAGGACUUCCAGGAUCAGAUCAUCCACUUUGGACGAGACCGGGCCAACAGCACGCAGUCUCGACUUUCCAAGCGCAACUCCACGGACAGCCGGCCCGUGAGCGUCACAUACCGGUUUGGCUCAGUGGGCCAGGACACUCAGCUGUGCCUAUGGGACCUCACCGAGGACAUCCUUUUCCCACAUCUUCCACUUUCACGGACACGGACACAUACUAACGUGAUGAAUGCUACUAGCCCUCCAGCGGGUGCUACAAUAAUCACUAACACCUCCAGUAACACUACUAAUGGAAACAACAGUGGUGCCAAUACUCCUGGCAUUAAUUCCGUCUCCACUGCAUUACCACGCUCCAACAGUCUCCCCCAUUCAGCUGGCACUACGACAGCAAACAGUUCCAACAAGCCCGGAAGCGGCGGCGGUGGCGGCGGCAUCGGCAGUGGUAUUAUGGACAGUGCCAUCGCUACCGGUGUGAGUAAAUUUGCCACACUCUCACUCCAUGAUCGCAAGGAGCGCCACCAUGAGAAGGACCACAAACGCAACCACAGCAUGGGUCACAUCAGCAGCAAGAGCAGUGACAAGCUCAACCUGCUGACAAAAACCAAAACGGACCCUGCAAAGACUCUGGGCACUCUGCUGUGCCCGCGCAUGGAGGACGUGCCCCUCCUCGAGCCCCUCAUCUGUAAAAAAAUAGCACACGAGAGACUGACUGUACUCAUAUUUUUAGAGGACUGUUUAGUGACUGCUUGUCAGGAGGGAUUUAUUUGCACAUGGGCGAGGCCAGGCAAAGUGGGUUUAUUGUCAUCCCAAAACCAAGCCAGCUCUCCCAGUGGAACAGUAGUAUAGCCACAAUAUUUCUGCUGCUAAAGAACCCUGCAACCCAGAGUCUGAUGCUGCUCUUCACCCUGCAAGCAUUGCAAGUUUUCCUUUUCUUUGAUACCCUUCCCCUCUCCCACUUUUGUUAAUGGCUUUUCCUUUUUUUUUUGUUUGUUUGUUUGUUUAUCACUCACUUGACUUAGAGGAAGAAUGACAGGAAAAGUUGUGUUACAAUUUUUGACUAUUGCUCUGUUCUCUUUGUAGUUUUAACCCAUUUUAGUUUGUUUUUUUUUUUUUUAUCUUUUUUGUCAGAUCUCAUUGGACUGUUAACCUAUCUGGAAUUAAGGCUCGGCUUACUUAGAUGCAAAAUGCGGAACAUUGUGACUUGAGAUUGAAAGGAUAGGUUUUUUUUUCUUCUUCCCCACAUCCCCUGUAUCCUUAAAAGAAAAGCCCUAAUACAUAACCCUGUCUAUUUACAGGGCAACUAACUAAAAUAUAUUUUUGGAAAGAACUACCCUUUUAUGAUCAAUUGUGUGUGUGUGUGUGUGUGUGUGUGUGUGUGUGGGUGUGUGAGAGCAUCUGAAAAAAUUGCAUCCAUCUAUAUUCACCAACCACCCUGUCUUUUCUUUGGUUGAAUCCCCAUUGAUGACUUUGCACUGAUUUUGUUAGCUAUGUUGUUGUUUUAUAACUACUCUAAUGAAAGAAGAAGGAAAAAAUAGAGGGUUGAGGACUGCCUUGUUGCACUCGGCUUUAACAUCCUCAGUCUUGAAAUCUGAAUCUAGAGAGCUGGAUGCUGCAAUCGUAGUCUUUUUAAAGAAAAAAUAAUGGUUUGCACUUAAAUUAGUUUAUUAGAAGAAAAUGGCUUUACAUUUUUUUGGGGUGUGCUCAGAACUCACAGAUGGCUAAUACAGUGACCUGAAGAAAAUGAUAAACUAUUAAAACCUUUAUCUAUUGAACAUUUAUUUUAAUAUUAUUUCAGAUUCAAAUCUGCUCUGUAUCAUAAUGUGUAUAUUGUAAUUAAUUGAUUUGAUGGGGGCCUAAGCAAACUACCAUUACUCCAGUGGAAGUUUUGUCAUUGAUAGUUAUAUUUCUAAAGCCUAAAGUAUACAUAUUAAUAAUAUUAAAAUAAUCUUGAAUA